GUGGCAACAGCAUCCGGGCCUCUACUAGUUGAAGUUGCCAAAACUCCUGGUGCCAGCCUUGGGGUUGCCCUAGCUACCUCGAUGUGCUGUAACAAACAGGUCAUUGUCAUAGACAAAAUCAAAUCUGCAAGUAUUGCUGACAGGUGUGGUGCGCUGCACGUGGGAGAUCACAUCCUGUCCAUCGACGGAACCAGCAUGGAGUACUGUACACUGGCAGAAGCAACCCAGUUCCUGGCAAACACCACCGAUCAGGUCAAGCUCGAAAUUCUGCCCCAUCACCAGACCCGCCUGGCCCUGAAAGGACCUGACCAUGCUUUGGUGUCUUCAUCCUUCUCUCCUACCUCCAUGAGUGCAUACAGCCUGAGUUCCCUCAACAUGGGGACUUUACCUCGAAGCCUCUACUCCACUAGCCCACGUGGAACCAUGAUGAGGAGGAGACUGAAAAAGAAAGACUUCAAAAGCUCACUUUCUUUAGCCUCUAGCACAGUGGGAUUGGCUGGGCAGGUUGUUCACACAGAAACCACGGAGGUCGUGCUAACAGCAGAUCCUGUCACAGGAUUUGGGAUCCAAUUGCAGGGCAGUGUCUUUGCCACAGAGACCCUCUCUUCUCCACCUCUGAUUUCCUAUAUUGAAGCUGACAGCCCAGCAGAGAGAUGUGGGGUGCUGCAGAUUGGAGACAGAGUGAUGGCCAUUAAUGGAAUUCCAACUGAAGACAGCACCUUUGAGGAAGCCAAUCAGCUCCUUCGAGAUUCUUCAAUUACAAGCAAGGUCACACUGGAAAUCGAGUUUGAUGUUGCAGAGUCUGUCAUCCCAAGUAGUGGAACUUUUCAUGUAAAGCUCCCUAAGAAGCACAAUGUGGAACUUGGAAUAACCAUAAGUUCACCAUCCAGUAGAAAACCAGGGGACCCCCUUGUCAUUUCUGAUAUCAAGAAAGGCAGUGUGGCACACAGAACUGGAACCCUGGAACUUGGAGAUAAAUUACUUGCAAUAGAUAACAUCCGGCUGGACAACUGUUCCAUGGAAGAUGCGGUUCAGAUCCUCCAGCAAUGUGAAGACCUGGUAAAGCUCAAAAUCCGCAAAGAUGAAGAUAAUUCAGAUGAGCAAGAAAGUUCCGGAGCAAUUAUUUACACUGUGGAGCUUAAGCGCUAUGGGGGGCCCCUUGGCAUCACAAUUUCAGGAACUGAAGAGCCGUUUGAUCCUAUAAUCAUCUCAAGCCUCACUAAAGGGGGAUUAGCUGAAAGAACUGGCGCAAUCCACAUAGGAGACCGAAUACUAGCCAUCAACAGCAGCAGCUUGAAAGGGAAGCCUCUGAGUGAAGCCAUCCAUUUGUUACAGAUGGCGGGAGAGACUGUCACCUUGAAAAUUAAGAAACAGACAGAUGCCCAGUCAGCAUCAAGCCCCAAGAAGUUCCCCAUUCCCAGCCAUUUGAGUGACCUGGGAGAUGUGGAGGAGGACUCCUCUCCAGCACAGAAGCCAGGCAAGCUCUCUGACAUGUACCCCUCCACAGUGCCCAGUGUGGACAGCGCUGUGGACUCAUGGGAUGGGUCUGGAGUAGAAGCCAGCUAUGGGAAUCAAGGCACUGGUUUUCAGGCCUCAGGAUACAAUUUCAACACCUAUGACUGGAGGAGCUCAAAACAGAGAGGCAGCUUGUCCCCGGUCACUAAGCCUCGAAGCCAGACUUACCCAGAUGUUGGGCUGAGUAAUGAAGACUGGGAGCGGUCCACAGCCAGUGGCUUUGCAGGGGCUCCUGACAAUGUGGAAGCCGAGCAGGAGGAGAACUUCUGGUCUCAAGCGCUGGAAGAUUUAGAAACCUGCGGACAAUCAGGAAUUCUGAGAGAACUUGAGGAGAAAGCUGACAGGCGUGUGCCUUUGAGAAACAUGACUCUCUUGGCAACAAUCAUGUCGGGGAGCACAAUGAGUUUAAAUCAUGAGGCUCCAGCACCUCGAAGUCAGCUGGGGCGACAGGCCAGCUUCCAGGAACGGAGCAGCUCUCGGCCACAUUAUAGCCAGACAACUCGGAGCAACACCUUGCCCUCAGAUGUGGGCAGGAAGUCUGUGACCCUGAGGAAAAUGAAACAAGAAAUAAAGGAGGUCAUGUCCCCAACUCCUGUGGAGCUGCACAAGGUGACCUUGUACAAGGACUCUGACAUGGAGGACUUUGGGUUCAGUGUAGCAGAUGGCAUGCUGGAGAAAGGAGUAUAUGUCAAAAAUAUUCGCCCAGCUGGGCCAGGAGAUCUUGGUGGCCUAAAGCCCUAUGACAGGCUCUUACAGGUUAAUCACGUCCGAACGAGAGACUUUGACUGCUGCCUUGUCGUGCCCCUCAUAGCAGAAUCUGGUAACAAGCUGGACCUGGUUAUUAGUAGAAACCCACUGGCUUCACAGAAGUCUAUAGAACAACAGACUCUACCAGGAGGAGACUGGAGUGAACAGAAUAGUGCUUUUUUCCAACAGCCUAGCCAUGGUGGUAAUUUGGAGACACGAGAACCCACUAAUACAUUAUAGCAAUGCUUUUUAUAAAGUAGGACAAAAGACGAUAUCUACAUGGUGCUAAAAAAAUCCCUUUAAGAUUUCUGUGACAUUUGAAGCACAGAUAAUCAUGUGGCAUUAACUGCAAGCACAGGGGUCUUUUAAAUCUCUCUCAUGGCUCAUGUUCACUUCCCUUUUCAAGUUGAAGAGGUUUCUUUUUUGGUGACCACUAUGGUAUAUGGCAGGCAAUUCCCUGCCAGGCCCAAUGGUAGAGAAAAGUAAGUAGGCUGCCCCUCCCCACAAUUAACAUCAGAGGAAAUUUUUUACAAGUUCAUCUUACUAUCACUUUUUAAAAGGAGAUAUGUGUUUGAAAAAUUCUCUAUGAUGAUUUCCUUAAUUCACUUUGAAAUCAGUUUCUUACUAUGAAGUCAUUAACGUUAAGACUUGACCAACAAGUCUUUUCAGAAAGCUGGCUGUGCUGGGGAUCUAGUGCUUGGUAACCGACUGGAACUGCCGCAGUGGGAGGGGUACAGGUAUAAAAUUAUCUUAAAAUGUUUCAGCAAUGAUGCACGUGGGAGCCCAUAAUAGGUGGUGGUAAAUGUUUUGCCCAAAUAUAGGAAUGAUUUUAAGUAAGAUGUAUGCUAUUCCCUAUGCAACAAGUUAUCAAACAGGAUAUGUCUUGUGACCUGUUUUUUUUUAAGGACACAUUUUUAAUAGCUAAAAAUCUGAUAAUGAAUUAGAAUGUGUAGUAACACAGAAUUAGUUAUCUUAUUUUUAAAUUCAAGACUAAGAACUUAAGAGAGAAUGAAGAGUAUUAAAAUGAGGUUCAUCUUAAUGAUAGGCAAAUAAAACUCAUACUGCUUGACAGGUUUGGAAAACUGGUAAUACUGAGGGGUGUACAGCACAUGUACUUAAAAAUGACACUGGACUGUCUUUUGUUCUGAGCCAUGCCACUUACCGAAAUUGUAAAUACAUUUUUCACAAAAUGCAUUGCCAAUUAUUACCAUCCCUCAAAGCAAUAAAUUGUGACAGUUGCUUUUAAUGUUUGUCAGCAACUGUUUUCAUUUGUUCAGAUAUUUUGAAUAGCUACACUAAUAACUGUUAUUUGGUGAAUAUUUAAAAAUAGAUCUGUAUAUUGAUGGUAGAAUCUCCAUAUUGAAAUGAUUAUUUUCCAAACAUUUUCAUUUUGGUCAAUAAUUCCAACAACCACUUAGGCAAAGCAUUCAAACACUGUGUCCUUUGUUUAAGGAAAAAGUUCACAUUUCUUUUUGUGCAAAGAAAUAUACUAUUUCAAUCACAUUUCAGAACCGCCAGGGCAAGAAAGUAUAAAGCAGAAUCACAUUGAGGAAAAAAAAAAAAGAUCAUGAGUCACUUAAAUAUGUAUUUUUAUUUGUAACAAACAAGUAUUAAACUGUAAAGUAUUUUUGUACAAAUUUAAUACUUUAAUAGCAUGGUAUUUAUCGUCUAUGUAUGGUUUUGGGGGAUUCAAAAUUGUUGCAAAUAUUUGUAUGGGGAAAAAGAAAAAAAAAAGCCUCUACCAAAUGGAAUAAACAGUGAUUUUAAAAAGCCAAAAAAAAAAAAGACAUGCAUUUUUGAUGCUUUGAAUACAUCUCAGUGUUCUAGCCUGAGUCCCACACAAUGUUUAUUUUUACAUAGUUUUCUAAUGGGGAAAGUUUUGCCGUGAACUUGAAAAGGACCAAGGAAGAGUGGGAAGAGCAGGGGUUUUGAAAUCAGAACCGGGUUUGAAUUCCAGCUCUGGUACUCAUUGGUGGUACGAAAGUUACUCACCAGGAGUCGUUUUCCCCACCUGAUACUGAAGGUCAUGUCUGUAUAUACCACAGGACUGUUGUGAGGACCAGGGGUGAAAUAUAUGAAGAGGGGGUAACACACUUGUACACAGGAACAUCUCCAAUGGUAACAUUUACUUUAGAGGAAAGAGAGAUAGUUUAAAGGUCACAACAUCUACCCUUAGACAACAUUUUAUCAUUUCAAGUAGUCUAUGAGAUACAUUUACAUAAACUGUUAAAACAUACAAACUUUAACAAUGCUAUCUUAAAAAAAAAGACAAACGACACCUGUAUCCCAACAUUUUCAUUUUUGUAGGACUUGUAAAUUUACAUUCAUUUUUAUACAUUUGCAUUCAGUGUGCCCAGGGUUACAUUCUGAAAGACAGGCUAUUUUCUAGCACGUGGGAGUCACAUGACCCCAAGUGAUCUAUUAUCACAAAAUCCAAGCAAUUGUUCAAGUUUUUAUUGCACUGUAUAGUUAUAUAGUCUGGCCUAAUUUCUGCAUAAGAAGUGAGCUGAAGUAAAUGAAAUUAGGUGUGGAUAGAACUGAUGAUGUGAAUAAAGGCAGAUGAGAAGCUGUAUUUCCUGUGAAAGACUGGGAUCUUUCAGUUGUAAGCCAAAACUAAAAUUAACGAUAGAAUAUGGCUGUUAAAACAAAUGAUUUAAGUUGCACUUUUCAAA